UUGUGCGUCUGGUUUCGUCCCGUGGUCGGUAUUUGGUGUGGUUGCGCUGGAAAAUGUGGCGUGCGUGUGUUCAAAAUGGCGUCUCCCCCUUGCACCGUGCUCCCCGUGAUAAAAUUAGUGUGACGCACUCUGCACCAUUUCGCACAAUUAGGUGGCCUGUUGUGACUAACCUCUUCUUCUUUAAUUAACGGCAGCCUGUACCGCUGCUACCAAUCGUUUUUUGUGCCGUUUAACUUGGAGACGCGGAUAUAAAGCGAUGUGCGGUUUCAAAAGUCACCGUGCCCCCCCUCUCUGUCCGUUUGUGUCGCUGUCUGUUUCGCUUCGCCCUUUUUAACUUUUGGGUUGCAAUGAUGAGUCAUCAUUUGGAAAUACCACCGCUUCAAGGACGAUAAGAGCUGUUGCGCAGCUGUUGGAACCUGUGUGGGGGAAACUUAGCCUACAAGCAAGGAGCUUGCAGCCUCAGUGGCGAAAACUUUUUCAUGUCAGAGACCGAGUACACUUACAGUCGUUUAUGUCAUCCACUCUUCUCCAGACAGAAGAUACCAAAAAAUUGCAAUCCAAGAUCUUCUUAUCUUGUUGAUAAAGCUAAUAGCGAGCCAAAAUGUCUGUCAACGUCAACCGCAGCGUUUCAGACCAGUUCUAUCGCUACAAGAUGCCCCGUCUGAUUGCCAAGGUGGAAGGCAAAGGGAAUGGAAUUAAGACGGUUAUAGUCAACAUGGUUGACGUUGCAAAGGCACUUAAUCGGCCUCCAACGUAUCCCACCAAGUUUUUUGGUUGUGAGCUGGGAGCACAGACCCAGUUUGAUGCUAAGAAUGACCGCUACAUUGUCAAUGGAUCUCAUGAGGCGAAUAAGCUGCAAGAUAUGCUGGAUGGAUUCAUCCGAAAAUUUGUGCUGUGUCCAGAGUGUGACAAUCCGGAAACUGACCUGCAUGUCAAUCCUAAGAAACAAACCAUUGGCAACUCUUGCAAAGCCUGUGGCUACCGGGGCAUGCUUGACACACGACACAAACUCUGCACGUUCAUUCUUAAAAACCCACCAGAGAAUGAGAGUGGAUCCGCUAAAAAGGAGAAGAAGGAGAAGAAUCGGAAAGGUAAAGACAAGGAAAAUGGAUCCAGCAGUGGAGAAGCUGGGAAUCAUAAUGAGAUAGAUGCACCUGAUGCCGUAGAUGGAGAUGACGACGAUGACUGGGGUGAGGAGACCACAGAGGAAGCUCAGAGACGCAGGAUGGAUGAGAUCAGCGAGCAUGCCAAGAACCUGACUCUCACUGACGACUUGGAAAAGACCCUGGAGGAAAGAGUCAACAUGUUUUACAACUUUGUCAAGCAAAAAAAGGAGGGUGGAGUCAUCGAUACAGCAGACAAAGAAAUACUUGCGGAAGCUGAGCGCCUGGAUGUGAAGGCCAUGGGCCCCUUAAUCCUGAGCGAACUGCUGUUUGAUGAGAAUAUCCGUGACCAGAUCAAGAAGUACAAGCGCCACUUUCUGCGCUUUUGCCACAACAACAAGAAAGCACAGAAGUACCUGCUAGGUGGCUUUGAGUGCCUGGUGAAGCUGCACCAGGCCCAGCUGCUGCCCAGAGUCCCAAUUGUGCUGAAGGACAUGUAUGAUGCAGAUCUUCUGGAGGAGGAGGUCAUUCUUGCUUGGGCAGAGAAGGUGUCCAAGAAAUACGUUUCCAAGGAGCUUGCCAAAGAGAUUCAUGCCAGGGCUGCUCCAUUUGUCAAGUGGCUGAAAGAGGCAGAGGAGGAGAGUGAGGGCUCCGAGGAGGAAGAGGAGGAGGAAGAUGAAAACGUCGAGGUGGUGUACUCCCCCUCUGCCAAAGAGCUGAAAGUGGAAACUGUGAAACCAGAAAAGCCUGACAACGAGGAAGAUAUUGAUAUUGAUGCCAUUUAAAGAUGUUUGUGCUUUAAUACAGAGCAAGCCUUCUUUCUUAGCUGCUGUGGCUUGGAAAUCUGUUUAGUGCUUUGCUGAUUACAUUAUUUAACAUUAGUCUUGCUGGUGACUGAGAUAUAAAAUUAAAUUUCUUGGGGUAAUGACCCUCUUGGUAUUGGUUUUUAAAUAUUGGUAUGGGGCACUGUAACUGCACAUUGUCAAUAAAGACCGUUUUGCUAUUCGCA